UCAAGUGGCAAGUUGGCAACAGUCUGCUUUUAAGGAGAAACGAGACGAGACAUAUAAUUCCGAAGUUUUUCUGUUAAAUAAUAACGCAGCAGACGAAUUCAGAAUGGCUCGAGCUUUUCUGCUUCAAGUAUGCCGUCAUCAUGUGGCCAACAGGGGGCGCUCUAGCUACAGCACAGCAGCUGUAGCUGUCAUGAACAACGCCAUGAAUGAGGUCAUGAACUCUAUCCAUGAAGCAGGAACAUAUAAGCCCGAGCGAGUCAUCACAACGCGACAAGCUGCAUCCAUCAGAGUAGCGGGCAGCUCACGAGACAUUCUGAAUUUCUGCGCUAACAACUAUCUUGGCCUCUCGAGUCACCCUGAGGUCGUGGAGGCUGCUAAGGCAGCACUGGAUGAUUACGGUGCUGGUCUCAGCUCAACAAGAUUCAUCUGCGGCACCCAGAACAUUCAUAAGAAUCUGGAGGAGAAGAUUGCGAGCUUCCAUCAAAGAGAAGAUGCCAUCCUGUAUGCCAGUUGCUUCGAUGCCAACGCUGGCAUCUUUGAGGCCCUCCUGACGCCAGACGAUGCCGUCAUCUCAGAUGAGCUCAACCAUGCAUCUAUCAUCGACGGCAUCCGACUCUGCAAAGCUGAACGCUAUCGAUACAAACACAUGAAUAUGGAGGAUCUGGAGUCCAUUCUAAAGAAAACGCAGCACUGUCGCAUGCGCAUGAUCGUCACGGAUGGCGUCUUUAGCAUGGAUGGAGAUAUCACACCACUCGGGGAGAUUGUGGAGUUAGCCAACGCGUAUGAAGCUCUCCUGUUUAUUGAUGAGUGUCAUGCCACAGGGUUUCUGGGAAAGACCGGCAGGGGUACAGAGGAACAUCUGGGCAUUGAUGGGUCAUGUGACAUCAUUAAUUCCACCCUGGGCAAAGCAUUAGGCGGUGCCUCAGGUGGCUACACCGCUGGACCCAAGUCUCUGAUUGACAUGCUCAGACAGAAGUCUCGCCCAUAUCUUUUCUCCAACACUCUCCCUCCUCCUGUUGUUGCCACCGCAUCCAAGGUCCUGGACAUGAUCUCAGAUGAUCCAUCUUUGACAUUAAAGCUUGCCAGUAACACCAAAUUAUUCAGGGAGAAAAUGACACAGGCUGGAUUCUCACUGUGGGGUACAGAUCAUCCAAUAUGUCCCAUCAUGCUUGGUGAGGCUAGUCUAGCUGGUCGCUUUGCUGAGGAGAUGUUGAAUCGAGGCAUCUACGUCAUUGGUUUCAGCUUCCCUGUUGUCCCAAUUGGUAAAGCAAGAAUCCGAGUGCAGAUCUCUGCCGCUCAUUCUGAAGAGGAGAUUGAGAGAUGCAUCCAAGCCUUCAUCGACGUCCGUAAAAACUUGAAAGUCAUCUGAGCUGGAUGCCAGGAUCAAUGACAACAGGUUCAAUCAUGGCAACUGAUAAAGUAGGUCUCUCUUUCGAACAACCACCUGUUAUUGUUUAGCAAUGUUUUCUUCUCAUUUCAUUUCAGAAAUAUUUGUAUCCAUCAAAAGCAAAAUAUCAAAUAUCCAUGGGACACAGUAACUCAUGGUGUGAGAUAAAAGCAUGGUCUGAUAUUAGGGCAUGCCUGACACAAAAUACAAAACUGAAAAAUAUCACUGAAAACUUCCUAUGCAUGUUCAAACAUUAAUACUUGCCUUGCCUUCUAUCUUGACGACCUGGGUUCGAAUCCCCUGCUCACAAUACAAUAAAUCAUUGAAAUUGAUAUUUGAAAAAUGUACACAUAAAAAAACGGGGGGAAAAUGGAACUACAUUGUAUGUAUUUUUGAGGUUAAAUUUUCCAGGAAGGGAAUUGAAGGGCUGUGCAUUUCUAUCAUGUGGAGGAGAUCUGGAAAAGAAAUAAUAUUUGUUGAUUAAUCUUCAAAGAUAAAAAAUGCCUUUUCUCUGCCUGUCUUCCGCAAAUUCAAGCUGGAAAGUUGAAAUCAUUGAUAUUACACAGAAGAUAAUUCAGCAGGCCUAGCUUCCGUAUCCAAUUGUAAAUUCCCUGCGAUAAUUGUUUUCAGCACAGGAAUAAUACAGUGAAAGUAUUUUGACAAGUAUUUUGACAAGUAUAUCGGUAUUUAUCUAGUAGAUAAGUAGCUUAGCUAUAAAUGAGUAUAUAUAUGUAGGUGUUUGACACUAUGUGCUUUAUAUAUUUUUGUUGGUUAUAGUUUUACUUUUGUUGCAUUUUACCAUUGUAGAGCAUUUAUAUUAUGUAGACAGGGUCUAACUAACAAUGCAUUGUUUGUUUCUCUUGCCAAGCUUGCUUUUCUAUGUGUGUAUCUGCUAUGUUUGUUUAGUUUGCUAUCUAUUUUUGUAAUAUCAUACAUGGGAAUCUUGAGCAAUUUAUUAAAGCUCACUAAUAAUGUAACGCGAGUAACGCAAGAUUCUACAUGGUUUGACCUAGCUACGUGCGUAAUUAGCUAACAUAUAACGCUUCACGGUCAGUUAAGAAUGGAGUAGGACAACGGUUCGCGCGUUUCUGUCCUGAUGACCUAACCAAGGGUCAAGAUUGGUGAGUUUUACAGAUAUUGUAAAACUGCAUACCACUACAUGUACCAGUUUAUUUUUUGGUAUUGACCAUUAUUGGUCACUUACUUUGGUUAUAAAUUUUAGUUGUAGUAUAUGUUCUCGGUUGUAAAGAAUUGGUCAAAAAGGGUUUCACCAAAAAGGCAGGGUGAUAUAAGGAAAUAGAAAUAAAAGAAAACCUAUGGGGAAAUAGUUUGGUCAAAAGACUGGAAUGACAUUAACCAAACUGAAAUAGUGUCGUUCUGACACUGGACAAAAGGAAGAUCGAUCACUGAAAAAAGGUUGAAGUAAUGAAAGAUGCACAACAAAGUGGAAUUAAGUUAGUUUUCUAUUGGAUUGUUAGUCGUGCUGUCCUCCACAUUCGUAUAUAUCUGUCAGUAAUUAAUUUAUUUAUGUUUUCUAUUUUCCUAUACAUAAUGUAUCAGUAUUCCUGUUUUGCUUUUUUUGUUAAAAAUAUAUGCACCUGUGUUUUGGGUCAGUAUUUUUCUUUUUAUUAACAAAUGGUUUAAUUUGUUUGAGAUAUUUUUAUACACCUGUUAAGCACAUUGGUAUAUUUUACAUUGUCUUGGAUUGAAUAUUUAUUUUACCGCACUUUUGGUGUUUUUGUUAAGCUUUCUGUUCACACAAGGUAUUCAAAGUCAGAAUCGUGUCUUUUAUGACAUGCGUUCAUUUAUUUUGUCAGCUCAUACCAUUGACAGCUGAGUUUGUUCAUUGCAAUUUUAUUUGUGUGCAUUUCAAGGUUUUUAUUUUGCGUUCAAAAAAAAUGUUGUUAUGUGAGCCUUUGUUUUUUCCUGUUGAGUUGACUUUCACAAUCACAGUUAUGUCCAACACUGCGAAAGGGCACAAUCUUAACUUUCCUCAUCUGUUUGCUCUCGUGCUGUUUGACAUCAUGAAGAUCCCCUGUGAUUUUUGUCUUCUAAGAUGUUAGCUUGAUUGAAUGACUGCUGUUUUGAACCUGAUUGUAUCUAAUAAAGAAAAUAGAGAUUAUCGUUUCAUUAAAAGAACGACUGUUGUAUUUUG